UCUACACUGCACUUGUGAAACUUGUAUCGUAAGGCCAGUUCUGAAUUCUGUAAACCGUUAUAUGUCGAUAAACCUGUGAAUCAUAUAGCCAACAUUGAGGCAGCUAACCUGUAACCAACUUAUUGUUGAGAUAAAAUGGCUGUGAAUACUCAUUCCGAUUGUGUUGGCAAGAUUAAGGUUGUGGAAGAAAUAAAAAGACGACCAACCCUCGAGAUCUCAUCCUGGUGGAACCGAAAUUGGAGAGCGAUUCUUGGUGAAUUGGUAGCGACGACAUUAUUAAUAUUUCUUGGUUGUAUGACGUGUAUACCUAUUGAUGGAGUACCUCUAAUCACACCCUUGUAUAGCCCAAUAGGUUUUGGGCUAAUCGUUUUGUUCGUAGCUCAAUCUUUUGGACAUAUUUCUGGUGCUUUCAUGAACCCUUCUGUCUCAUUGAUUGCUGUUAUUUGGGGUAAGAUAUCUUUGCCUCUUGGAAUAGCGUAUGCGAUCGCUGAAUGCCUAGGCGCAACCAUAGGAUACGGUAUGUUAAUGGCACUGUCACCGUCCGAUUUGAUCUCUAGCGGUAUAUGUAUCACCGAACCUCACGCUGGACAUACAGUAUACCAAGCGUUAGGCGUUGAAGUAGUGUUUACUGCCGCAUUAGGAUUUGUUAUUUGUUCUGUAUGGGAUCCAGUUAACGAAGAAAAAAAUGAAUGCACAUCUAUAAAGUUUGGUCUAAGUAUGUCUGGCUUAGCAAUUGCUGGAGGCCCAUUAGCAGGAGCUAGUAUGAACCCAGCAAGAUCUCUCGGACCAGCUAUAUGGACAGCUAGAUGGGCUUUCCAUUGGAUUUACUGGGUUGGUCCUCUAUUUGGCGGGGCUCUGACUGCGACGCUUUAUAAAUUUGUAUGGCUUAAGAAGGAACUAAUAAAGCAGCCUCAACUACUUGCUUGGAAUGAUGACAACAGUGCAGUCUAGUGAAGAAGAAACAACGAUGUGGAUGACGGGGGCAACUGAGCUACAGCAUCGUAGAUUGAAA